AUGGAUAACGAUGGUGAUGAUGACGAAAUAAGCAACCAAAUACAAAUACAGCAACCACAGCAACCACAGCAGCAGCAGCAGCAGCAGCAGCCGCAACUACAACCGGCACUAAGCAUCGAAGAACUGGCCGCAAAAAUUGCAGAAAUUGAGACCAAAUUCAAAAGAGAGAGAAGAGAAAUCAAACGAUGGGCCAUAAAUAGAAUUUCAUCGAGUAUGAAAAGUAGCAAACAAAAGAUUGCUCAGAAACGCAUACUCAACACUCGCAUUAGCAAACUAUCAACGUUAAAACGAAUGGAAAAACUAAAAAUCAACAACGAUAAACCAGUAAAAAAUAAGUCAACAACAAAGCAGCAAGCGAUGUCAUACACGCUGCCACCGCAGCAGCAACAGCAACAGCAACAGCAGCAAAGACAAUGCUUCACAUCC